CAGUGCUCAAUAUCGUUGGUGUAAUAAUUAAUAGCAUGCUAAUUGUGAUGGAGAUGAUGCGCUUUGUGUUAUUGUUCCAACGCAAUGGAAGAGAGCGAGAAAGAGGCGAAAUCCGGGUGAAAUGUAAGAGGAUUUGAUCCCCAACCACUGAAAGAGAUUAAGUCGACAGCAGCGCAAGUGAAAUUGUGCUGCAUAUAAAAAUAGGACGGAUUGGUCUUUCGAUGUGAGAUUGGUACCUUCCAUUCUGUAACACAAUCGCCAUGUACUCAAGUGAUCUCAUUUCAGGGACAUAGCACAGUUGCUGCUCUGCUAUAGUGAAGCUUUAUUGUUGUGGAUUUGGCUCUGGUAGAUGACUAAUUUGCUGUAAACCGGGAAGAGUUUCGAUGAAGAGUGCGCGAGAGCUGCGCGCGCUCAGCAUCAUCAUCAUCAGCAGCAGUAGCAGCAGCCUCGAGCUCAAAUUCAGAACAGCUCGCAUCUCAGAGCAUCAUCUCCUCGCAUCCAGACAUAAAAAGACGUUUGCAAAAGUUUGACGAUAAGGUGCAAUCUAUUUGACUGAGGAUUCAUCCUUUGGAGAAUGAUGUGGGGUGGAAGGGGAGCAGCGUGGCUUUGGAUUUGGGCCUGUUUACUGGUGACCAGUGUCCUGGCUGGAAAAAGCUCCAGUCAGAAUGCAGAUGAGCAGAAAGACAACACCACAGUUUUCACCAGGAUUCUGGACAGCCUCCUCGAUGGCUAUGACAACCGUCUUAGGCCUGGUCUAGGAGAGCGUGUAACUGAAGUCAAGACUGACAUUUUCGUGACGAGUAUUGGACCAGUAUCGGACCAUGACAUGGAGUACACCAUAGAUGUGUUCUUCAGGCAGAGCUGGAAGGAUGAGAGGCUGAAAUUCAAAGGUCCCAUGGCAGUGCUUCGUCUCAACAAUCUCAUGGCUAGUAAAAUCUGGACCCCCGACACCUUUUUCCACAAUGGCAAGAAGUCAGUCGCCCAUAAUAUGACCAUGCCUAACAAACUUCUACGGAUCACAGAGGAAGGAACUCUGCUUUACACCAUGAGGCUUACAGUCAGAGCUGAAUGUCCGAUGCACUUAGAGGACUUCCCAAUGGAUGCCCAUGCUUGCCCUCUCAAAUUCGGCAGUUAUGCAUACACAAGGGCUGAAGUGGUGUAUGUAUGGACACGAGGGGCAGCGCAAUCUGUGGUUGUGGCUGAUGACGGCUCACGCCUCAACCAGUAUGACUUGAUGGGACAGACUGUCGACUCGGGUGUGGUGCAAUCCAGCACUGGAGAGUAUGUUGUCAUGAAAACACAUUUCCAUCUGAAAAGGAAGAUUGGUUACUUUGUCAUCCAGACGUAUUUGCCAUGUAUCAUGACAGUGAUCCUGUCCCAGGUGUCCUUCUGGCUAAACAGGGAAUCUGUCCCUGCCAGAACUGUGUUUGGAGUGACCACUGUCCUUACCAUGACUACCCUAAGUAUCAGCGCGAGAAACUCUCUCCCCAAGGUGGCCUAUGCCACAGCCAUGGACUGGUUCAUUGCUGUUUGUUAUGCCUUUGUCUUCUCGGCUCUCAUAGAGUUUGCCACGGUUAACUACUUCACAAAGAGGGGUUACGCUUGGGAUGGGAAAAGUGUGGUGCCAGAAAAGCAAAAGAAGAAGAAGGAGUCAUUGCUGAAAAAGAACAACACCUACACUGCUGCAACAGCAACAGCUUUUGCUCCGAACAUUGCCAGAGACCCUGGUUUGGCAACUAUUGCUAAAAGUGCCCCCCCUCCCCCAACUGAGCCCAAGGAAGAGCCAAAACCCAAAGCUCCUGAGGCAAAAAAGACCUUCAACAGCGUGAGCAAGAUCGAUAGGAUUGCCAGAAUAGCCUUCCCGUUGCUCUUCGGAACCUUUAACUUAGUGUAUUGGGCAACUUACUUGAAUAAAAAACCCAAAUUACAGGGUGCCGUGCAACCACACUAAGUCUAUCUCCUCUGUCUUUUUUUCUCCUUAUGUUUCUAAACAAUUACAAAAAAGUGAAAAGAAACAAUUUGUCUCAAAUUUGUUUCAAUGUUAGUCGAGUUCCCACUUUCAAGUUUGUGUCAACAUAUGUAACAUACUGUAUCUUCCUAUAUGA